UCAAUCAUAUCUUCUUUGUUUGCUCUCUCUCUGCUUUCUUCUUCAUUUGCAUCAUCGCUAUUAUCAGCGCAAUGCCAUUUUCCAGCAAUCUUCAACUUCGGUGACUCUAACUCCGACACCGGCGGUCUCUCCGCCGCUUUUGGCCAAGCUGGUCCUCCUCACGGUGCUUCCUUCUUCGGCCAACCCGCCGGGAGGUACUGCGACGGUCGCCUCGUCGUUGAUUUCAUAGCGGAGCGUCUAGGAUUGCCGUAUCUAAGCGCGUUUCUUGACUCUGUUGGUUCAAACUUUAGCCAUGGCGCUAACUUCGCCACGGCCGGAUCUCCGAUCAGAGCUCUUAACUCCACUCUUCGUCAAAGUGGGUUCAGUCCAUUUUCACUUGAUGUUCAGUUUGUUCAAUUCUCCAAUUUCCACAACAGAUCGCAGACAGUUCGCAGUCGCGGUGGAAUUUACACGACGAUGCUGCCUGAAGCUGACAGCUUCUCUCAGGCGUUGUACACUUUUGACAUUGGUCAGAACGAUCUCACGGCUGCUUACUUCGCCAAUAAAACCGUAGAACAAGUUGGAGCCGUCGAUGUUCCUGAGAUCAUCAGCCAGUUCAAGAACGCUGUCACGAAUAUUUACAAACAAGGAGGGAGAUACUUCUGGAUUCACAACACAGGACCCAUCGGUUGUUUACCGUAUUACAACUACAACAAGCACAUUGGGUGUGGGAAGAAGGUGACUGUGAAAGGCAAAGAGAUUUACAUUGGAAAGCCCUGCGACGAGCCUGACAAGGCCGUGGUGUGGGACGGUGUGCACUUCACGCAGGCUGCUAACAAAUUCAUCUUCGAUUGGAUCGCAACCGGAUUAAGCAUGGCCUGUCAAAGGCAGUGA